UAGUUCGAUAACAGUUUACACUGUUUACAGUUUUUAGUUGUUUUUGUAUUUAUUACGUAGUAAUAUCAUUAAAUUGAUUUUAAGUUAGUUUUUAAUUGUUCAUGGCCAAACGUGAUAAUAUUAGAUUUAUUAUGGAUCACAGAAAAUCAUCUCAAGAUAAAUUUGCGGACAUGUUUGAUCCUAAUAUUUCGAAGAAUGGUUUUGCGGACAUGCGUAAUCCUCAAAUUUCAAAAAAUGGUUUUGCGGACAUGCGCAAUCCACAUAUUUCUAAAAAUGGAGUUGGAAGUCCACCUUCAUACCGCGAGGGAAAGGAAAAGCAGGAUUUGAAUAAUCAUUCUGAUCAGGACAACAAAAAAUAAUGAGACAUUUUUACAAAAACCACAAAAUUAUUUUUUUUUCUAACAAUAAAUAAACUUUUUUACAUCUA